GCCGCUUUCAUUUAUUUGCACUCGAGGAUUCAGAAAUUGGAUUCGUCAGAAUAAUGUCAGUUGCCUCGCCUUCCAAUCCCGCUUUAGCGCUACAAAGCAAACGGUGGAAUGGGUUGCGGCAUAUCCUGGAGCGUGAGGGUCUUUUUUGCAAGGAUGAUUUUUCGCCGUCGCCGGACAAUCUGGAUUUUCUCCAGACGAAAUCCAAAGUGCUCAUCAUUGGCGCCGGCGGAUUGGGCUGUGAGCUGCUCAAAGAUUUGGCAUUGAUGGGUUUUGGUGAUUUGCAUGUGAUUGACAUGGACACCAUUGAGCUGUCCAAUCUGAAUCGUCAGUUUCUGUUUCGGCGCACAGAUAUUGGAUCAUCGAAGGCGGAAUGCGCCGCCCGCUUUAUUAAUAAUCGUAUACCCACAUGUAGGGUGACGCCACACUUUGCCAAGAUACAGGAUUUCGAUGAGACAUUCUACCAACAGUUCCACAUCAUUGUCUGCGGUCUGGACUCCAUAGUGGCACGCCGCUGGAUCAACGGCAUGCUGCUCUCUAUGCUGCGCUACGAUGACGACAACAGCCUUGACGUAUCCUCGAUUAUACCAAUGAUAGACGGUGGUACCGAAGGAUUCAAGGGCAAUGCACGUGUCAUAUUGCCCGGCUUUACUGCCUGCAUUGAGUGCACCUUGGACCUGUUUCCGCCACAGGUUAAUUAUCCGUUGUGCACGAUCGCAAACACGCCGCGUCUGCCGGAGCACUGCAUUGAGUAUGUGAAGAUAAUACAAUGGGACAAGGAGAGCCCCUUUAGUGCGCCGCUGGACGGCGAUGAUCCGCUGCACAUUGGCUGGAUAUAUGAGCGUGCUCAGGAGCGUGCCAAUCAGUUUAAUAUAAGCGGCGUCACGUAUCGCCUGGUGCAGGGCGUCAUCAAGCAUAUUAUUCCGGCGGUGGCCAGCACCAAUGCGGUCAUUGCCGCCGCCUGCGCCCUGGAGGUGUUUAAGCUGGCCACCAGCUGCUACGAUAGCAUGUCCAACUAUUUCAACUUCAACGAUCUGGAUGGCAUUUAUUCGUACACCUAUGAGGCGGAAAAGUCGGAUGGCUGCUUGGCCUGCAGCAACACGCUCCAAUUGCUGAACAUUGAGGAUCCCAAUACGACAACCCUGGAGGAUGUUAUCAAGCAAUUAUGCGAAUCGCCGCGUUUUCAGCUCAAGAGCCCAGCGCUCACCACCGUCAUGCCCGAUGGCAAGCAGCGCACUCUGUACAUGGCCAACGUGAAAAGCAUUGAAGAGGCCACGCGCAAGAAUUUGACGCAGUCACUGGGCGAGCUUGGCUUGCAGGAUGGGCAGCAGCUGACAAUUACUGAUGCUACAUCGCCAACCUCCAUUGCGCUGCAGCUCAAGUACCAGGCCAAUGAGGUUGAAAUGUUAUAAUUGCAAAUAAAAUAAAGAAAUAUUCAAAUCUAAUUGCACGUCACUGAA